AUGAGAGCAUAUGGAAAGAGAGGCCCAGUUUUCCCGACUCCUUUUAGAUCUAAUAAAAGAUCGUCAUCGUCUUCUGAUGUGGAAUUUAGUGAUGACGAUGUGAACUCCGUAAUCCCUGAUAUAAGUUCUACGAUUUCGAGCAGUAUUGCAGAUCAUUCGAUAGAAGGACUUUUGAACGAACCUAGAAAUGUUCGAAAUGGCUCGCCGUCAUUUAAUGGUUUGAGUGAGAAAGCUUCUUUACAACUAGAUUCAAAAGAGAAUGACCAGAAUGUUAGGAUUAUCACUGGCAGUGAUGCCUCAAUGACAUUUAUGAAAGAUGAAAAGUUGAGUGCUUUUGAUUUCCUUGAUGGUUCAAAGGCAUCCAAAAGAAAAAGAAGAAGAACAUAUCAGAGGCAUGACGCAGGCAUAGCAUCUUCAAUUGAAUCAGACGUACAAGGAGAAGACAACAUUACAAUGCAGAAUGAAUCUGAAUCAGUAAAGAAGAUAUACAAUGAUAUCAACGAAUUCAUAUUGAAUCUACCAAGAGCUAACGAUGAUGUAUUAAAUAAAAUGUUUGAAAACGAAAUGGAGAGGGACAACACUGAAGAAGCUAACAAUAUACACACAUCCAAAGACAAAAAAUAUGGCAAAUUUAGAACAAUAUUAAUAAAUAAGAAUAAAGAAAAUGAGAUAGUAGAAGAAGAGGGGGAUGAGAAAGCUAACACAGUAUCUGUAAAUAACGUUGACAACAGUAACACUGAAAAAGAAGAAUUAACUUCAACAAAUCACUACAAUGAAUUAAAAAAUAUGGGAGAUACAAUAAAAUACCAAGACGACAUUGAGUUCUUUCUAUCUGAUUCUAAAAGUAAUGAUAAUAAUAUGAUACCGAUCAACGAAUACUUUAAGAAACUUUUGAAUUUGUCCUUAAUGACCAUAAAUGAUGAAGGAUUUUUUCAAUAUGCAAAAAGAUAUUUCAAAAAGGAAAUAAUUAAGCUUAGUUUUGCUCAGGUUAGGUCCGAUUUUCCUGAAUUGGUCUUAUUACAGGGUUAUUUGCUACAUAAAGUUAGUGAAUCACAAUCCGAUUUGCCCUCAAACUUUGAAACUUUUUCUAUUGAUUUAAGUAAAGAUGACGGUAAAAUGUGGAGAAAAAAAAACAAGCAUAUCAAUAAACUCUCGCACCUGAAUUUCGAAGACUUUCUUCGGAAAACGAAAUUCAAAACAGGACUUUGCUAUUCAUUAUCACUCUGGGAAAUGCCUGGAAAAUUAUCGAUGGAUAUAAUAAGGAGAAUAUCCAUCCUUGCUUCAAAUAGGGACUUAUUUAGUCGGCACAUUACAACAUUUAUCCAUUUGUUAGAAAAAUUGGUAACCGAUCCCAAAUUUGGCCACAUAUAUAUUGAACAGCCUGAUAUGUUCGAUGGAGUGAUAAUCAAUUUGAAUAAUAAGUUCAAGGAUAUUCUUGAUAACGACUCGUUGGUUAAGAUUCUAAUUCUAUUAACAAAUAUGGAAGGCCAUAACUAUACGCUGUGGAAAGAGGCAGAUAUGAUAUUCCAAGCUUCAAUGAGCACAAUUUUGAGAAGCAUACACCCAUUGAUCUAUGCGAAAGUCGAUAACGUACUCUUGCAUUUAGGACUCUGCCUUAAUAUUUGUGGUAGAAAAAAAAGUGAUUUGAAAGUUGAUGUUAAAUUAUGGCAUAAUAUGAGAACUGUGUUUGUUAAAAUGGUCCGUGACGGUUCUGAUAUUAAAAAUAGGUUGACGCAGGGCCUGUUUUAUUUAAAUUUUUCAUUUUUAAUUAAACAACGGAAAGAGCAUGAUAAUUUAGACCCAGAGGAGCUCAAUACGUUACUGGUAGAGCUGGAAGCAUUUAGAUCAGAAACCUCACAGUUCAAUGAGGGCAUCUCAAAUAAAAUCGAAAUUGCAUUAGAUUACUUAAAAUCAAUCUAUAAAGGGAAAAAAAUUACAACUUAA